AUGGGUUGUUCCCAUGGCAAGUGUUGCUGUGUCGAAUCUUCUUCAUUGGAUAGAGACUCUAGAAAAACUGGGUUUCAUCAUAGUCAUAGGAAGAACAUACUGGCUCAGAGAGUACUGAAACAUGUUUCUGUUCCUUCACAUAACUUUGUUUUGGAGUAUACCUUUCUCACACUGCGAGGAUACUACCCUGAUUCACUGGAUAAACAAAACCAAGAUAAUUUUUGCAUCAGGACACAAAUUCAAGGUAACCCCAAUAUUCAUUUCUUUGGUGUUUUUGAUGGGCACGGUCAAUUUGGUAGUCAGUGUUCAAACUUUGUUAGGGAUAGGUUGGUAGAGAAAUUAUCUAAUGACCCUGCAUUGGUGGAGGACCCUGUUCAAGCCUACAAUUCUGCCUUCUUGGCAACAAAUCAUGAAUUGCAUACUAGUGACAUUGAUGAUUCUAUGAGUGGCACAACGGGAAUUACAGUGCUUGUUAUUGGAGAUACCCUCUAUGUUGCUAAUGUUGGUGAUUCGAGAGCUGUGUUAGCUGUUAAGGACGGGGAUCGAAUUGUUGCACAGGACUUGUCCUCUGAUCAAACACCAUUUCGGAGAGAUGAAUAUGAGAGAGUGAAACUUUGUGGAGCAAGGGUGUUGAGUGUUGAUCAAGUGGAAGGGCUCAAGGAUCCAAGUAUCCAACAUUGGGGUAACGAAGAGAGUUGGGAUGGCGAUCCUCCGAGGUUAUGGCUUCCAAAUGGGAUGUAUCCUGGAACUGCAUUUACAAGGAGUUUAGGGGAUAGGUUGGCGGAGACAAUUGGUGUGGUUGCUACUCCUGAGGUGUCAAUAGUUCGGCUUACACCUAAUCAUCCCUUCUUUGUUGUUGCUAGUGAUGGCAUAUUUGAAUUCUUGUCAAGCCAAACUGUUGUUGAUAUGACAGCGAAAUUUACAGAUCCCCGUGAUGCAUGUGCGGCCAUUACCGAAGAGUCAUAUAAACUAUGGUUGGAACUUGUGAAUCGAACAGAUGACAUAACAAUUAUCAUUGUCCAGAUUAAAGGAUUCUCUAAUUCAAGUACAUCUGGAAUUGAAUCAAGUGAGGUCAAUGUUGGUACUGCAAUGAGAACCAGGACAGGAACUUCUGAGAUAUCUGAUACCACAGAUAUUGAUGUUUAUCGUUCUGUGACGAGCAGUUUCUCUGAUUCACAAUCAUGCCAGCAUGUGGCUUCAACGAGGAGCCCAGACACAGUUGUUCACUCUUAA